AUGGACUGUCUAAUCGUCUGUCGACUGGGUUUGGAAGCAGCCAAUGCAGAUUUGGAUGCGACCGUGCUAAAAUUGCGCGAAAAACAAGCAGAAUUGGCCGCGGUCGAGAACAAAAUUGCCCAACUCCAAAACGAAUAUGAUGUGUCUGUGGCGGAGAAGAAAAAAUUAGAACAUCGUCUGGCUUUGACCACAGCUCGAUUGAAACGUGCUGCGAAACUGACCACCGCGUUGGCCGACGAACAGGAUCGAUGGAGCAAUUCGGUCACCCAAUUCCAACAACAGAUCGGGAAUGUGAUCGGGGAUGUGUUUGUUGCCGCAGCCUGUGUGGCCUAUUACGGGGCGUUCACAGCAGACUAUCGGGAACAGUUGGUCAGCCACUGGAUUGCACGUUGUCGCGAAUUGGAGAUUCCAAUCAGUGAAGAUCCCAGUCUGUUUCAUGUGCUUGGUGAUGCAUUCGAAUUACGUCAAUGGAAUACCCAAGGUUUGCCCCGGGAUCAGGUGAGCACAGACAAUGCGAUCUUGGUCACUCGGACUAGACGUUGGCCUCUGAUGAUCGAUCCGCAGGAACAGGCCAAUCGAUGGAUUCGAAGCAUGGAAGCGGAGAAUCAGCUCCGUGUGAUCAAAUUGACCGAUGCAAAUCUGUUACGCACUUUGGAAAACUGUAUCCGAGUCGGUUUUCCCGUCCUGUUGGAAGAUUUGGGUGAGACAUUGGAUCCGGCUUUGGAACCGAUAUUGUUACGGCAGACAUUUGUGUCCGGUGGUCGUUUGCUUAUCCGACUGGGUGAUUCUGAUGUGGACUAUGACAAAAAUUUCCGUAUGUAUAUGACCACCAAAAUGGCCAAUCCACACUAUUUACCAGAAGUGUCGAUCAAAGUCACAUUGAUAAAUUUCACCGUGACACCGGCCGGUUUAGAAGAUCAACUGUUGGGUGAUGUGACUGGGAUCGAACGACCGGAACUGGAGGAACAGCGUAGUCAGUUGAUUGUACGAAUCAAUACGGAUCGUAAUCAGUUGAAGAGUACGGAGGAUCGAAUUUUGAAAUUGCUAUUCGAAUCGGAGGGCAACAUUCUAGACAAUGAGGAUUUGAUCAACACACUCAACGAGUCAAAAGUCAAAUCGAGUGAAAUUAGCAAACGACUGUCCGAGGCCACGAGCACGGAACAAAAGAUUACCAAUGCUCGUUCGAAAUAUAGUCCGGUUGCUAUCCGUGGUUCCGUAAUGUAUUUUGUCAUUACCACAAUGGCCGAGAUUGAUUCCAUGUAUCAGUUCUCUUUGAAAUACUUCAAAAGUCUAUUCAACGCGACAAUUCAGAAAAGUCCCGAGGCCAGUACCCUAGAAGAACGAAUACAAAUUCUUCUAGAUCGAACCACUAUAGCGACUUACAAUAAUGUGGCCCGAGGAUUGUUCGAGCGAGAUAAAUUAGUUUUCUCGUUCAUGUUAUGCGCACAAAUUCUUCGCCAGUCGGGCGAGAUCAGUGCAUCCGAAUGGUCCCAUUUCCUGCUCGGAUCCAAUGCGGUUGAAAGAGUUCGACCGGACCAGCCGGCAGCCACCAAAUCAUGGCUCAGUACACGUCAGUGGAAUCGUCUGACCGAUCUGGCUCACUUCUUUCCCAAUCAGUUUGGCUCGCUAACGACCGAUCUGGUGGAAAAUUACAUUUCCGUCGAUUUCUCCCAUGCAAUGGCCCCGAGUGCCGCGCAUCGAUUAAGCCUGGCCUCCAUCAAACAGAUGCAUUAUCAACUCACCCCGGACAAUAUUGAAUUGCCAUCUGCGGACUACAAUACACGACUAAGUAAUUUUCAGAAAUUGCUUCUGAUUGGCACGUUCUACGAAGAACAAGUCGUGCGGGCCGUGACCGAUUUUGUCAGUGUCAGUUUGGGUCCAGAAUUUAUCGAGGCCCCCGAGUGCAGUUUGCCUGUUCUGUUCCAAGAAAUGGACUAUAUCACUCCGCUCGUGUUCAUUCUCUCACCCGGUUCCGAUCCGAUGCUACAAUUUCAACGGUUUGCCAAAGAACGAAACUAUCAAGAUCGUGUGCACUCGGUCUCAUUGGGUCAGGGGCAAGGACCGACUGCGGAGAAAUUGAUCAAUUUGGCUGCUAAAUCCGGUGAUUGGGUGUUUCUGCAGGUGAAUAAUGGCAAUAUUCUUUAA